CCAACCACUCCAAGCCCAACUAUUAAUUAUACCAUAACCCCCCCAGUAGACGUAAUUAGGUACCAAUCAUGCAAUCAAGAUAUACCUACUCCAAGGCAAAAAGUAGGGAAGAAAACUCCACGUACCUCUUUCCUAAGAACACGGCACCAUCACAGAAAUUAGACGGACAAAACGUCACGAAUCGGCAAUGUCACGAAUCAGGAAGUCACAGCCAGCAAGUCACAAUUCAGCACGUCAAAGAUCGGCAUAUCGAGGCAAGCAAGCAAGCAAAGCAAAUGAAUUUGACACAAGCGAUCAAGACAGAUCCAGCUACAUACUGUACCAUACCGCACCAUACCAUGCCAUGCCUUGCCACAUCAUAUCAUGCCAUACCAUACCAUGCUAUGCCACACCACACCAUGCCACACCAUACCAUGCCACACCACAUCAUGCCAUGCCAUGCCACACAACAUCAUACCAUACAGGCGGGACCACACCCCAGCGACACCGCCAGACUGACGGGGCCGUGGAAGUGUAAUACAAGACAAGUCUCCACCCCAUCGCACCACAUACAAAUAAGCAAGCCCUGCGGCGUCCCAAAAAAGAAGCUCUAAUCUAUAUAAAUAAAUAAGAGCCGAAAUGUCCCGUCUCUUGCCGCCAACCCUGAUGCUCAAUACAGAAAC